CCGGGCGCGGGCCCGGCGUGUCCCCGGAGCCGCACGUAGAACUUGCUGGUGGGCCGCUCACUGGAUUCCGGAGUCCUCGUUCUGCAGAAAGGCCUCCAGCCCUCCAGCAGCCAGCAUGGGGCACAGUAAGCAGAUCCGAAUUUUACUCCUGAACGACAUGGAGAGGCUGGAAAAGACCCUCUUCCGAGUUGAGCAAGGGUUUGAGCUGCAGUUUCGAUUAGGCCCAACGCUCCAGGGAAAAGCAGUCACUGUGCAUACAAACUACCCCUUUCCCGGGCAAGCGUUUCAUCGAGAAAAAUUCCGCCCCCUGGAAUGGGAGCAUCCGUCCGGCAGAGAGGAUGACUCGGACAAACACUGUGCCCUCCACCUCCAGCAGGCGGGCUCCUUCCACUACUACUUCCUCCAAGGGAACGAGAAGAGCGGUGGGGGUUACAUCGUUGUGGACCCCAUUUUACGGGUCGGUGCUGAUGACCGGGUGUUGCCCUUGGACUGUGUCACUCUCCAGACCUUCCUCGCUAAGUGUCUGGGGCCCUUUGACGAGUGGGAAAGCCGGCUGAGGGUCGCGAAGGAAUCAGGUUACAACAUGAUUCAUCUUACGCCGCUGCAGACCCUCGGACAAUCGCGGUCAUGCUACUCCCUUGCUAAUCAGCUGGAAUUAAACCCUGAUUUCUCAAGACCCAAUAAAAAGUACACUUGGGACGAUGUCGGACAGCUAGUGCAAAAACUGAAAAAGGAGUGGAACAUUCUUUGCAUUACCGACGUUGUCUACAAUCACACUGCUACGAAUAGCAGAUGGAUCCAGGCCCACCCGGAGAGCGCCUACAACCUGGUGAACUCUCCGCACCUGAAGCCCGCCUGGGUCCUGGACCGAGCCCUGUGGCACCUCUCCUGCGACGUGGCCGCCGGGAGAUACCGAGACAGGGGGGUGCCCGCGCUGAUCGAGAACGAGCAUCACAUGCAUUGCAUCCGGAAAAUCAUUUGGGAGGAUGUUUUCCCAAAGAUCCAGCUCUGGGAAUUUUUCCAAGUGGACGUUGACAAAGCCGUUGAGCAAUUCCGAGGACUCCUCACACAAGGAAAUAGGAAAGUAGCAACCCCACCUGAUGCCCAGCGGCACCUGGAGAUUAUCCAGGACCCCGAGUACCGGCGGCUGGGCUGUGCCGUGGACAUGAACCUCGCACUGGCCACCUUCAUACCCCACAACAACGGGCCGGCCGCGAUUGACGAAUGCUGUGACUGGUUCCGGAAGAGAGUCGAGGAAUUAAAUGCAGAGAAACGCCAACUUGUCAACUCUCAUCAGGAGCAGGCAGUUAAUUGCGUUUUGGGAAAUGUGUUUUAUGAGCGACUGGCUGGCCAUGGUCCCAAACUAGGACCCAUCACGAAGAAAGACCCUUUAGUUACCAGGUACUUCACGUUCCCGUUUGAAGAAGCGAGCCUGUCGGCGGAGGAAGCCGUGAUCCACCUCCCGGACAAAGCCUGCUUCCUGAUGGCGCACAACGGGUGGGUCAUGGGGGACGACCCCCUUCGGAACUUCGCCGAACCAGGCUCCAACGUGUAUCUCCGGAGGGAGCUGAUCUGCUGGGGAGACAGCGUGAAGCUGCGCUACGGGCAGAAGCCGGAGGACUGCCCGUACCUGUGGGCCCACAUGAGGAAGUACACGGAGAUCACCGCCACGCACUUCCAGGGGGUGCGGCUGGACAACUGCCACUCCACGCCGCUCCACGUGGCCGAGUACAUGCUGGACGCCGCCCGGAAACUGCAGCCCAACCUGUACGUGGUGGCGGAGCUGUUCACGGGGAGCGAGGAGCUGGACAACAUCUUCGUCACCAGGCUGGGCAUCAGCUCCCUGAUCAGAGAGGCCAUGAGUGCGCAUAACAGUCACGAGGAGGGCAGGCUGGUGUACCGCUACGGCGGCGAGCCCGUGGGCUCCUUCGUCCAGCCCUGCCUGCGGCCCCUGAUGCCGGCCAUCGCCCACGCCCUGUUCAUGGACAUCACCCACGACAACGAGUGUCCCAUCGUGCACAGAUCCGCCUAUGACGCCCUCCCGAGCGCCACGAUCGUCUCCAUGGCGUGCUGUGCGAGCGGAAGCACCCGGGGCUAUGACGAACUGGUGCCUCACCAGAUUUCAGUGGUGGCCGAAGAGCGGUUUUACACCAAGUGGAACCCCGGGGCAUCGCCGUCCGACGCGGGCGAAGUGAACUUCCAGAGCGGGAUCCUCGCGGCCAGGCGCGCCAUCAACACCCUGCACCAGGAGCUGGGGGCCGGCGGUUUCAUCCAGGUGUAUGUGGACCAGGUGGACGAGGACAUCGUGGCCGUGACCAGACACUCGCCCAGCAGCCAUCAGUCCGUGGUGGCUGUGUGCCGGACUGCGUUCAGGAACCCCAAGACUUCCUUCUACAGCAAGGAGGUGCCCCAGAUGUGCAUCCCCGGUAAAAUUGAAGAAGUCGUUCUUGAAGCGAGAACUAUUGAAAGGAACACAAAGCCUUAUAAGAAGGACGAGAAGUCCAUCAACGGGAUGCCCAAUGUCACCGUGGAAACCAGAGAACACAUCCAGCUUCACGAGAGUAAGAUUGUGAAACAAGCCGGCAUCACCACCAAGGGGCCCAACGAGUACAUCCAGGAAAUCGAAUUUGAGAACCUGUCUCCAGGGAGCGUCAUCGUAUUCCGAGUGAGUCUCGACCCCCACGCACAGGUCGCGGUUGGGAUUCUCCGGAAUCACCUGACGCAGUUCAGUCCUCACUUCAAGGCCGGGAGCCUCGUGGUCGACAACUCAGACCCCAUAUUGCAAGUCCCCUUUGCGUCCAUCGCCUCCCGGUUGACCCUGGCCGAGCUGAACCAGGUGCUGUACCGCUGCGAGGCCGAGGAGCGCGAGGACGGCGGCGGGUGCUACGACGUCCCCCGCUGGUCGCCUCUCAAGUACGCGGGCCUUCAAGGACUGAUGUCCGUAUUGGCAGAGAUCAGACCAAAGAACGACUUGGGGCACCCCUUCUGUGAUAACUUGAGAGCUGGAGACUGGAUGAUUGACUACGUCAGUAGCCGGCUCAUUUCCCGACCGGGAGCUGUGGCCGAGGUGGGUAAGUGGCUGCAGGCCAUGUUCUUCUACCUGAAGCAGAUCCCGCGCUACCUGAUCCCGUGCUACUUCGAUGCCAUACUGAUUGGCACCUACACCACCCUCCUGGACACAGCCUGGAAGCAGAUGUCCAGCUUCGUCCAGAAUGGUUCUACCUUCGUGAAACACCUCUCGCUGGGCUCGGUGCAGAUGUGCGGGGUGGGGAGGUUCCCCUGCCUGCCCCGGCUCUCCCCGGCCCUGCCCGAUGUGCCCUACAGGCUGAACGAGGCCACGCGAGAGCGGGAGCAGUGCUGUGUGUCUCUAGCAGCAGGCUUGCCUCACUUUUCUUCUGGAAUCUUCCGCUGCUGGGGCCGGGACACUUUCAUCGCGCUGAGAGGCCUCCUGCUGCUCACGGGGCGCUACCUGGAGGCCAGGAACAUCAUCCUGGCCUUCGCCGGCACCCUGCGGCACGGACUCAUCCCCAACCUGCUGGGCGAAGGCACGUGCGCCAGGUACAACUGCCGGGACGCCGUGUGGUGGUGGCUGCAGUGCGUGCAGGACUACUGCCGCCUGGUGCCCGGCGGCCUGGACCUCCUCCGCUGCCCCGUGGCCCGGCUCUACCCCACGGACGACUCCGCGCCUUUGCCGGCUGGCACAGUGGACCAGCCGCUGUUCGAGGUGAUCCAGGAGGCUCUGCAGAGGCACCUGCAGGGCAUCCAGUUCCGGGAGAGGAACGCCGGGCCCCAGAUAGACCGCAACAUGAAGGACGAAGGUUUCAAUAUCACCGCAGGGGUCGACGAGGAGACGGGAUUUGUUUAUGGAGGAAAUCGCUUUAACUGCGGCACGUGGAUGGAUAAGAUGGGGGAGAGCGACCGAGCGAGGAACCGAGGCAUCCCAGCCACUCCCAGAGACGGGUCCGCCGUGGAGAUCGUGGGCCUGAGUAAGUCCGCCGUGCGGUGGCUGCUGGAACUGUCCCGGAAAAACAUCUUCCCUUACCGCGAAGUCACAGUGAAAAGACACGGAAAGGCCGUGAAGGUGUCCUAUGAGGAGUGGGACAGGAAAAUACAGGACAACUUCGAGAAGCUGUUCUACGUGUCCGAAGACCCGUCCGACCCGAACGAGAAGAACCCGGACCUGGUCCACAAGCGUGGCAUCUACAAGGACAGCUACGGCGCGUCCAGCCCAUGGUGCGACUACCAGCUCAGGCCCAACUUCACCAUCGCCAUGGUUGUGGCCCCCGAGCUGUUCACGGCGGAGAAGGCGUGGAAAGCCCUGGCGAUGGCCGAGGAAAAGCUGCUCGGGCCCCUGGGCAUGAGGACCUUGGACCCAGAUGACAUGGUGUACUGUGGGGUUUAUGACAACGCCCUGGACAACGACAACUACAACCUGGCGAAAGGUUUCAAUUACCACCAAGGACCUGAAUGGCUGUGGCCCGUUGGGUAUUUCCUUCGUGCAAAAUUGUAUUUUUCCAAACUGAUGGGGCCAGAGACCAACGCCAAGACGAUAUAUCUGGUUAAAAAUGUCCUUUCUCGGCAUUAUGUUCAUCUUGAGAGGUCCCCUUGGAAAGGGCUCCCGGAGCUGACCAACGAGAACGGCCAGCACUGCCCCUUCAGCUGCGAGACGCAAGCCUGGUCCAUCGCCACUGUUCUCGAAACGCUCUACGACUUGUAGCUGACUCGGGGGCUCGUUACAUGUGCAGUCCCUGGUAGGUGGGAGCAGGGAUGCAGUGCAAGUGCUUUACAUGCACCGGCUCAGGUCACAUGGAAAGUCUCACUCAUGCAACAUGGACGCACACUUAGGUCAAGCCUGUGAAAGCAUUGAUUUUUUUAAAUGUACAUAAGUAGCUUUUGAUUUGAGUCAGAGAGACAGUCAUCAUGACCAAGGGAGUGUUUUUCUUUCGAUUUCAGUAAGUGUUCUUCGAAGGCUUACGAAUAACGAGUGUGAGACUUGGAGUUUGAGAAAAGAGAAAUCAUGCCAUCUUCUGUUUGUACAUGAGUGAAAUGAAAUGAGAGGCUGGGAUCCGUUUUCUUCCGUCACAGUACAGAUGGAAUAGGCUGUGGUUUGAUGAAUGGUCUUGCCAUUGACUGUAGUAUUUCUGGCACCUUCCCACUGCUUUCAACAACUGUUCAGCGAAUGAUGAGUUCUGAAUAAUAUGUGUUCAGCGAAUAAUAUGUGUUCAGAAAUGGGGCACAGAGGGUCAGACGUGCUUUUAUUUUUUCACGGAUACAUUAGUAUGUGCUUUAUCAUUAAUACCAACAGUAUAUUUAAUAUCACUUACUUAUGCUAAUGAUGCAUAGGAUAUAGGGAAAAGCCACAAAGCAUUAGGUAUUUCCUAAAAGCAGUUUUAUAAAAUUCUUCCGUUUCCGUUUCUUACAAUGAGAUGGUUUACAUUUUUAAAAUGCAAAAACGGUGGGCAUACUGCUGAGAACUUUAAGGGGAAAAUGCUAUAUUAAUUUUCUAACUAUUCUUAGUCUGUGUGUCAGUGUGUUGAUAGGUCGUAGUAGCUCCUGGUUGCCUAUGAACCCUCGCCUGCCAUUGACGAGUGUAGCCUGGAGAAGAAUCUCCAUAUAAUAAAAAUAGAGAUAGAAAUCCUGUCGUUGUCUUUAAUUCAGCAGAAGCAUUUCUGAUGUGUCCUCAGCUGUCCUGCCUGGUAGGCAAGCGUCUUUCUGUGUCUGUGUGCCAAGCAAAUAAAAAUCUUUCCUCCAGGUC